GGAAAACAACGUUGGCCAUGCUGUCAGACAGGAAGGAAUGCUCCUUCCAACAUUCCGUUGCACAACAGCCUCAGCUGAAGAGGAAGUCGCACUUGGUCCGCACCAACGGAUCAACACCUUCCUCUUGUCAGCAACAACGGUCAAGACAGAUGUGGCUUGCAUCUUCAACUUGAACCCCACAGCAGCCACCAUGCGGAGUCGAUCCACAAAACAAGAAAAAACAAAAAAACAGACUUGAUUGAUGGAAUGCUUCACAACCGUUGUCUCUAUAUGAGCUGUUGGAGUAGGAGCCCGAGAAAACACAGCUACUGCAGGUUUAUUAGCCGCGUAGGUGGGUAGGUGGGAAUAGGGUCGAAUACGAGGUCGUCUCCAAGAUCUCCAACGGCUCCCGUGACUACCGCUUAGCGACCCCAAUUGCCGAUCUUCAGUCGAGACCCACUGCCAACUCAACAUACGCACUUUCUACAUUCUAGAAACCUCGUACGGGAACCACGGACUCCCGUCUCUCGUGAAGAGAAAGACGUCGUCAGCAUUCCUUCCUUCAGGCUGAGCUUCAUCGUAUCGUGGAACAACCAAAAAUGCAGUGCACUCUAGACAGUCCGGGGCGAUGCAGAGCACAUGGUUGGUCACGGCCGUUGUUGACAUUUCCUCCCCAGAAAUAAACCAAGAUUAAUCCAAUGAUCUGUAGAUGGGUAGAUGGUUGCAGCUGCUUCGGUUGUUGUUUGCCAACUCUCGCUUCCUCCCCCAUGGAUGCCCCAUCGCUUGGCUAUGACGCCAGGUAGGGAAGGGGCACCGCGACAUCGUAUCGUAUUUGCAGCCCUCCACAUCGUAUCAUGAAAGGCGAACGAUUCCGGAUUCGGCAACCGGUGGGCUUUGCUUUCCUGCUGUGUGCCUUGGGAGGUGAAUCGACUCGGGUGGAGUGCUCCUCACGAGGCUGAUGGAGCUCAGAGAAGGAGCCUCGGGGAGGGGAAAGCGGAGGGUAUAAGAUCUCAAGCCUGUCCUCCACCUCGACUUCAACCUCUUUUCUCUCUCUCUCUCUCUCUCUCAAUCACCAGCUCCAACAGUUUCAACUCCGUUCAAGCACGCUUCUUCUCGGACUCAGCAUAAUUCAGACGCAUCAUUUCUCUUCUUCAAAAGGCACAACUUGCGAUAUUCCACCAUUAUGCACUUCUCCAAGAUCUUCAGCAUCUUUACUCUUGCCGCCGCGGCGUCGGCAACCACAGUCUCUUAUGACAUCGGCUAUGACGACCCCAACCGCAGCCUCGAGUCGGUCGCCUGCUCGGAUGGCGUGAACGGUCUUAUCUGGAAGUACGGCUGGAAGAAGCAGGGCGACGUUAGGAAUUUCCCCUUUAUUGGAGGCGCUCAGGCCGUGGCGGGCUGGAACUCUCCCAACUGCGGCACUUGCUGGUCGGCGACGUGGAACGGCAACACUAUAUAUGUGCUGGCUAUUGACCACACUGGCUCGGGCCUUAACUUGGGAUUGCGCGGGAUGGAUGCUCUGACUAAUGGCCAUGGGCAGGAGCUGGGCCGUGUUGAUGCUGUUGUUGCUCAGGUGCCUAUCAGUCGGUGCGGUCUCUAGAAUGGGUUGGAUGGGCAUUUGUAAGGGGCGUGAACAUUGGGUUUUGACAUCAUGGAUGGGCGGGAGUGGAAUUAUGAUGGAAUGACAUACUACUUGUAAUGCAGUAAUGGAAGGUUAUGACAUG